CACGUUUCUUACUCUGCUUCAGCCCUCGGUUUCAUUUUUCAGACCUCGCAGCAACUCGUUGACAAUUUAUCCAGCACGUUGUAACCACUCUACCUGAACGUGUACCGUUCUAUCACGAUGUCUCCGAAUGAUGAGAACAAGCCAAAUCUUAAACGGAAGAGGGCACCCGGUACGGAGGAUGACAUAGGUACUAGGAUUUCGGGAAAGUUGCAUCACGACGCACGAGAAGUACGAAAGGCUGCUAAGAAAGCGAAGGCAUUCGAGACACAGAAGCUUGUCAAAAAGUUGAAGGGCUUAAGAGCCAAGAAUCCUGGUUCCAGCGAAAUGGCAGACCUUGAGGCUCAACUGGAGAUUAUCAAGGUGAUCGAUCAUGAACCAUUUGGAAACACUGCUCUGAAGACGAAGCUCAAGAAGGAUAAGCUCCUCGCUCAAAAUGAGCAUGUAAUUGCCGCCAUUUCAACAGAGCUUGAAGCCAAUUUAAUUGCACCAACUACGCCUGGUUCACCGGCAGCCAAGGUUCAUGCGCAUAUUCUCAGUUCUAAAGCCCUUGCGGCGGAAGUCACAAGCGUCGUUCAAGGUCUGAGGAACGUAUUAAGUCCCGCGAAGGCAGAUCAAGUACCCGGAGAGGAGGACGAGGAAUUUAACGUCCCCGAACCACCGCGGAAGGCUGCGAAAAUCGAGCCUGAACUCAAAACGGCUAAGAACGCAGAUGAUGAGGACGAGGACGACACAUCAGCGGGAUCAGAAUGGAGUGAAGAGGUUCUCAACGUUGUCGACAAGGAUGAUGAGGAAAUUGACGAUGGUGGAUGGGAGUCUGGCUCCGUUGACGGUGGGGAAGACUCUGAGUCGGAUUCAGAUUCGGAUUCGGAUGGCGAAGACGAAAAUGGCAGCAGAUUGACCAAGAAGCAAGGCAAAAUUGCACCUAUACCGCCCGCCAAAGGCAAGGAUGGAAUCUCAGCCGCCAAGUCUGUUAUCAAAGCCAGUACAUCGGCCGCUGCAUCAACUUUCCUUCCUUCACUUUCCGUUGGCUUCACUCGCGGUGAUUCCGACGCUUCAGACGUGGAGGACGCCGAGGUCGAUGCUGUAGACGGCGGUACACGAAAGAAUCGUCGUGGCCAACGGGCCAGAAGAGCAAUUUGGGAAAAGAAAUAUGGUGGGAAUGCUAAUCACGUCAAGAAACAGCGUGAAGAAAAUUACAGGGCCCCGAAGGGUCGACAAGGACAAGAGCGCCAUAAUCCACAAUCAGGUGGUCAUCCUCAUGGCAGGUCAACGUCAGGGCCUUCCCGCGCACAACCUUCGCAAAAUCUUCAGCGUUCAGCUGAGAAGUUGAAGAAGGAAGAGAAGCCUUUACAUCCCUCAUGGGAGGCAAAAAGACGCCUGAAAGAGAAGCUAAAUCCUAGUCUUGUUGCCCCACAGGGCAAGAAGAUUAUUUUUGACUGAUCCCUGCGGAUUCCCGUCGCUGCUUUUGGUGUCUCCAGAGACAGACUUUGGUUCCCAUUGUCCGCCACGCUAUUCAAUACUUACGUCUUUUCACUCCGCCCGAUCGGAGAUGUCUGACAUGUCACCGGAAUUUCAGUACCAUAGUCUUGGAUUUCGGAUGUUGGAUCAUGGUGUUGUGGUUCAAUGCAAUCUUGAAUAUUUGUAUAUUGACAACAUAUGUAAUGAUUCGAGGUGAGAUUCAGAAUAUACACUGGAAAACAAC